GCUCAGCACGGCUCGCGGCUGCGAACGACCCAGCUCCACUGAAUUUAGGGUGAGGAAGGGCUAGAGAACCAAACUCCCUCCCUGGGUGCUGGCAGCGCCCUACCGGGUCCGAGCGGGAAAGGAGCGUGGGCCUCUGGCACCUGACUCACCUGAAGAGUCGGUCCCGGCCCUCGGUCUGGUUGGUGAAACGGAUGAAGGCGUCCAUGGCUCCCAGGCCAAGUCCACGCGUCGCACCGAGUCCGGUCGUGAACCCACAGCGCAGGCAUACCACCACCGUCCCCGGGGAAGGGUAAAUGCCCUCCGCACGGGAGGGGCUGAAUCUCCCCGCCCCCGUAGGGGCGGGAGCGCCUGGGGCAGAGUGAUUUCGCGGGCUUCCGGUUCUAGCCGGAAGUGGUGGUUACUACGGCGACGCCAAGCCGCUAGACCAGCUUUUCAGAGUCUCAUAGAAGUUCCCAAGGCCAUUUCUGUGAUGUCAUCCCCCAAAGGAAGUCAGAUCCAGAAGAUGAGGCUGCCUGUUUAUACACGGAAAGGACCCCUGGAGGUGCCGUCCCCAUCAGAGAAGGACUGGUCUAAGGACGACGAAGAGGAUUACGUCCUCAAGGAUCCAGAUCAGGAGCUGGAUUCCUUGCCUCAGCCUUACCGAAUGAUCAACAAGCUGGUGAACCUCCUGUUUAACCGGUCAUGGGAAGUUAUUGAGGAGAAGGAAGCGGCAAGGGAAGCCGAGCGCAGCCGGAUCCAACCCAUCGUGUACCCUCCUCUUGUAGAGAGCAAGCUCAACAGCAUGCCAAAGUGUAUGGCAAUUUCUCAAGACUAUGUGUUUAUCGGAGAAGCCAACGGAUUCUCAAUCUAUAAUCUGUACAAUGCUAAACGAAUAGGUGCUUGGGAGAAACUUAAAGUUGAUGUUGCUUCCAUCUGGGCCACAGAUUUGGGAAGUGAAGUACUCAUUGCUCCUGUGGAUGAAAUGGGUGUCAUUAGAUUGUUUUAUUAUUAUAAGGAAAGUCUUUUCCUAAUCAAAGCCAUCAAUGAAGUGGAUGAUGCCAGCAAACAAACCACCUGUGUGAAGAUGGAGGUCUCUCUAGGAGGGGACUUUGCAGCCUUCCUCCUACAAGGAUCCAGAGAUGUUUGGCUGGAUGUGUAUAAAUUGCCCAAGGAGUCUUGGCUCAAGGAAGUGGAGUACCCCCAACUCACUGCAAAUGCAAAGAAAAAAGUCAGGCAACUGCAACUGAACACUAUUGAUUCCGUAACUCCAGAUAAUUUAGCAAUGGAUGCAUACACUUGUUUUAAAGGAGAUAUUAAGUUGAGUCUUCCAGUUUACAUAAUGAAGAUCAAACCACCUAAACCAGUUUCGGGCACCACGUUUAAAAGCCCCCUGGAAGUCUUUGCAAAGAUCGAGGACAGCUAUGGGCUGGGCUCUGGGCAGAAUCACUUCAUCAAGGAGAGUCAGUGGGAGCACCAAGAGGCCAUCUUCAAUGCUUCCUACAAGAAGUACCUGGAUGGGGAGUGGGAGGAGGAGCCACUCAGUACAGCCACAUUCCAUUUCCUCCUUCCAAGCUGCAUCAUUUCAAUGCCAACAGAAGCCAAGGGCCCCUCAGGAGUAGCCUGUGUCCUUGGCAUACACUGGACCGGAAGUCAUAAUUUCUUCCUCUAUUCUCUUCACCGAACUCUGAAGGAUAAAGGCGACCCCGAGGGUGUGUGGCCCUGUGCUGCACCCAUUGCGGUGUCUAAUCGGAGCAGCUGUGGCUCCUACCUGGUGCUGGCCUGUGAGGAUGGUGUGCUCACACUGUGGGACCUGAGCAAAGGAUUCCCUCUUGGGGUCAUUGCUCUUCCUGAGGGAUGUUUCUGCCAAAGCAUUCAUUUCUUAAAAUACUUCCUGGUCCACAAAGGACAGAAUGUGUAUCCUGAACUUCCGUUGAAGUCCAAAAUGAAAUGUUUAGUGCUGUGCACAGAUACUUCUCUCCAUCUGGUGGAAGCCGAGGGGACCCGAGGACCCACCAUCCGCGUGCUGGCUGAGAGGCCGGUAAAGUACCUGAAUGAAAUCAUCCGUGCAGUGGCCCCGGUCCCAGCCUUACCUGGCAUGGUGCUGCUCUUUUCCCAGGAUGGCUCUGUGCGCCUCAUGGACGUGGCCAAGCCUCAGAUCGUCUGUGCCUUUGCUCCCCCCAGAUCCUACCAUCUGGUGGUCCCCUGGAACCCAGUGUUUGUCGUGUCUUCACACCGUCCAUGUUUCCUGCUCCAAGGAGACCAUCCAGAUGAAAUUGAACCUACCCACGAUUCCAGGAACAUCCAAAAUUCUAUUUUCUAUUUUAGUUUUGAGGCCUACCCACUCCUGAAAAAUGUCUUAGGAAAUGUCAUGAUUUCUCAAAGUGACUUCACAGACCACACAGCCUUCCCCCAGACCUUACCAUUAGAGGAGAGAUGUGAGCGUUUCCUCCAGGAGAGGGUUCAGAACCUGGGGAAGAACGCGAUGAAAGAGCAGGAGCACUGGAACCGGCUCCGGAGGUACUCCUUGUUUCUCCAAAAAAGAGAGCCUCAAUAAGGAACCCAACCACCUGCCUCCUGGGACCCCCCCGGGAUGGUUUUGGCCACCAGGCAGCUGCUCCCCAGGAUGCCAAGUCGAAGACACACAGUGACAAAGAGCCUCAGUUCCCUAGUCCUGAGGGGC